GCGAAUGCGGAAAUAGGUCAAAAAUGGCGGAGGAUAAAGCUGCUAUUGACAUUAAGACAGUUCCAGUUGAUGGAACUGGAGAUGAAGAGGAUGGGGAGCAUAACAAAGCCCUUCAAGGGAGCACAUUGGAUGAUACAGAUGUUGUUCCUGCUGACUCAGAGAAAUCAGAUCUCUAUCAAAAACGUCAAAAUAUGAUGCGAAACAAAGAGAAGAACGAAAAGGACAAACUUCUCCCGAAGAUCACGAUAGACUCUUCCGCAUCAAGACAGAAGAGCUACAUCACUGCCACACGUCCCGAUAGCUACGGAAUGACUAGUGCAAUGUCAGAUGCAUCGGCUAAACCGUUAGAGAUGUGUGUGUACUUUGCAAACAAGACUGGGCUAGAAAUGACACUAGAGGGCGGUAGGUGUACGACGGCAGAGGAGGUAUUUGAACAAUUAAUGGAGCUCCUAUCUCUACCAAGUGAGGCAAGAGAUGUGUUCUGUCUUUGGCUAAUAUCUCCACUCCUAGAGUUGCAGUUGAAGCCUCACCAUGUGCCAUUCCGCCUGACUCAGCACUGGGAUGAGUUACUGCAGAAGUAUACUACAUCAUCCGAAGAGGAAAUUGAGAGAGAUGAACCUGUGCUGAUCAUGCAGAGGAACAUUUAUUAUCCCAGGGAGCUAGAGGAGAAGAUUAGGGAACCCCAGAUGUUGAAGCUUCUAUACAGUGAGGCUCACAGUAAUAUCACAGAGGGCAGAUACCCCUGGGAUACAGAGCACUACUUUGUCCUAGCUGGUCUAGCAAGUGCCAUAGAGAAUGGCCAGUUUGAUGAAGUAGUACACACGGCUGACUUUUACAGAGAAAACCUGAGCCAGUUUUUUCCACACCACAUGUGUAAGCCGAAAACUACAUUUUUUGGCAAGCCCAAAAGAGACUCAAUAGAAUUCCAACUUGUACAAGAACACCGGAGUACAUCAGAUCAAUUUCGCAAUCACUCCAUAGAAGAUUUACAGUAUAAAUAUUUACAGUGUUGUUGGAAUUUACCCUAUUAUGGUUGUGCAUUUUUUGCUGGUCAAAUUGAACGACCAAGAUCUGGACUUGGACUAUUUGGUAACCCAGAUAUGGAUGUGUAUAUAGCAGUGAAUAAGGAAGGUGUCUUCAUCAUUGAUGAUGAGAAAGCAAGGUUGCUCCUUGGGUUGGUGUACAAAGACUUUUCCUGGGAGUAUGCGGAGUCAGCUAAAAGUCAGUACAACCCAAGCUGCCUGCCGUGUCUCUUCAUUCAGUUCAAAGAUGACUUAGAUGGUGAUGGGAAAUACGAAUCAAAAAUAUUACAAGUCUUCUCCAAACAAGCUGUGAUGGCAGAUGUGCUGAUUCAGACAUUUGUUAAGCUCAUCCAUACAUUCAAUGAUAUGACAGAUGCCGGAGGGGGUGACACAGUGGAUGGGGCACCACCCAUACUGAAUCAAAUUAACAUUAAAGAAAAUCAAGAGAAGUUUUCCACGAUGUUGCGUUCCCGUGAUGACCUAGUUAUGUGUAGCAAGCUUGACAAACUGUGUUUGGCCACCCACAAUAUGAAGAAGGAAUCCAGUUAAAGUUGAAGUUGUAUACUUGAAAGCAGUAGUGUAUAUAGUGAACUUAUUCUAAUGAUCUGGGAUUACUGAGUAACAAUCACCUCUAAAACUGGAUUAAAGAAUGUACAAGAAAAACAUCAAGAAGGUCAUAUUUUUAUAUGUUUAAAGAUGGAAAAGGGUGGAACCAACAUAAAAUAAAGUAAACCAGCACCUUUCUUAACAAAUCAAAUGUUUAAAGAAAUGCCUUUAACAGAUGGAUACUAAAAUGGUGUGAAAAAUGAGACAACAGGCAGCUCUUAACUUUGUAAAGAUUAAAAGAACAGGAUAGGCUGUGGAAUUAUCUUAUGCAAAGUGCAUAAUGGCAUUGGGUCAAAUUGCUUGAAUGGAAGAAAUGUGAUUGUAAAAUGCUAACUGCUGGCGAUGUGAUUUAGGAAGCUGAGGAUCUGACUGGAAAUGGCAUGACAUAAACAAUCAAUGAUGUCUCAACUGAAUUAGAUUGUAAAGAACAAUUCUGCCAACCACAUGGUUUUGUAAUAGGUUUUAACAAUUGUAUUGCAAAAUUGUGAUUAUGUUUCAAAAUUAUUUCCUGUUAUUAUUUAACAGGCUAUUAAUCUUGUGACCAAAUGUGUUAGUGAAAUAAGCCUAUCCAGAUUGAUGUCCAGGAUACAAAAACUGGUGGUCUUAUGAGGGCUUCUGUAAUCUUUGUCUAACCUUCAUCACAUUACUCCAAAAAGGCAACAACAAAUGUAAAUUUUUAUUUUAAGGCAUUUAGUUAGUCCUGCAUCACGCCUAUAGACAUCCCCUAUCUACUGUACUUCACAUGCAACCUUUGGGGAUGAUGUGUUUAGGUGGAGUCACAAGGGUUAGAUGCAAGACUAGCCAGGCCAUAAGGGAACUUAAGACUACAUGCCAAAAUGCACUGUAAAAUAUAUGCAAUAUUUGAUAAUGGAUUCAUUGUCCAAUAAGCUUAAACUGUACAUAAAGAAGUUACCGAUAUGUAAAUAAUUCUUUCAACUAAAAUUGUAUUUGAUGAGGUUUUAAACUGAAACCAUUGUACAUGUACAUGUAUUUACUAACCAAUGGUACAUUCAGCUGCAUUAUACUGUACUGUCUAUUUAAAUAUGAUAUAUUCUCUGAUGUGAAUUCUGAAUAUGUAUAUCAGUUAUAUGGUUAACAUCCUCCAAAAAGGAAAUAAUAACUUAUCACAUCUAAGGCACAACUUUGUGUCAAUAAUUGUGUAUACCUUGUGCAUGGAUAGUUAAAUAUCUCUUGAUAAGUUACUUAUAAAUAAUGUACGUGUAUUGUAUAUAAAUCCAGUUUCCAAUCUGGUUUGAAAAGGUUGCUUUUAAAUGUGGGAUUUUAACCAAGUUAGAAUUUUGAGUGCUGUAUAUUACUUGUAUAUACCUUGAAUAUUAUAUGUCUAUUAUUAUAUUUUAUACUUAUAUUUAUUGAGCAAAUGAUGAAGAAAGAUAUCUUUUUGUACAUAUUUUAUUUCUUUAAGCUUGCAAUUUGAUUAGAAUUUUGCUAUUUUUUCUGGUUAUCAACAGUUGCUCAAAUAUAAGUUUCAUUGGACCAUUAAGAUCAAUUUCUCCACAUGUACAGGUUACACUGUCAGUGUUUGUAAAUGUGUGUUCACAAAUACAAAAUCCUCUGUAUGUGUACAAUGAAAACACAUUCACAUGUAUCAAACUCACAACAAAGUAUAUUGACACUAAGUUGAAAGUGAUCACAUGAAAUUCAGAAGUAAGUUUGAGAUUUCUGUGGUGUACAAGUUGAUUUUGAUGGUUGAAUUAAUUCAAAUUGUCUAUAUGUCCCAAAACGGAAAUCUAAAGAUACUUUUAAAUACGCAUAUUGUUCAAAUGUGAUGAUAAAAGUGUUAAAAGUAAAUAUGAACCCAUUGUUUCAUACUAUUAGUAGUAUUAAGGAUAUAUAGAUUUCAAGCUAUUAAGUAUUAUGUAUAUAAUGUACCAGUAUUUAAUUUAUUCUCAAAUUGUAGAUUCACCAUUUAUCUAUUUUAUAAUAAUAGAGAGUAGUAU